UUUAAAAAGUGAAAUUUAAAAUCAAUAAAUCAUAAAUAAAAUUAAUGAAUAAGGUAAUUUUAAAAGAAGGUUGAGCCAAUCAGUCUCCCUCCCGGCAUGCACCGCUCCCGCCCUCCCAGGGCUGACCGUCACAGACCAGCCAGGCUCGUGAUCACGUGACGUCAUUCCCACGCGACACGGCGAGGGCACCACGCGCUACCGGAGCCCAGUGACGUCACUUGCUCCCGGUGACGUGCCCACCCCCCAGCCUCCGCCGCCGCCAUGAAGAUCAAGCGUCAGAAAACCGCCAAGAAAACCCUGACCUUCUACAAGUACAACUUCGGGCUCCGGCAGCCGUACCAGGUGCUGCUGGACGGCACCUUCUGCCAGGCGGCUCUGAGGAACAAGAUCCAGAUCAAGGAGCAGCUGCCCAAAUACCUGAUGGGAGAGGUGCAGCUCUGCACCACCCGGUAUGUCAGCUUCCGCACACCGAGCGCCGCGUGGCCGCUGCGGACUACAUAUCCCGGCAUGCCUCUCUGGCCUUUUACCUGGCCAAGCAUCAUGGGAAAUGGAGUCCCCAACAUCUCGCAUCUAUCCCUGGCCCAUAAUCUGCCUUCCAUGUGGUCAUAUUAUAUCUCUAUAUAUAUCAUGAUCAAUUAUAACACACUGUAUAGGUCAUAUUAUAUAUAUAUAUAUAUAAUGAUCAAUUAUAACACUGUAUAGCUCAUAUUAUAUAUAUCAUGAUCAAUUAUAACACACUGUAUAGCUCAUAUUAUAUAUAUCAUGAUCAAUUAUAACACACUGUAUAGCUCAUAUUAUAUAUAAUGAUCAAUUAUAACACUGUAUAGCUCAUAUUAUAUAUAUCAUGAUCAAUUAUAACACUGUAUAGGUCAUAUUAUAUAUAUCAUGAUCAAUUAUAACACACUGUAUAGCUCAUAUUAUAUAUAUCAUGAUCAAUUAUAACACACUGUAUAGCUCAUAUUAUAUAUAUCAAUGAUCAAUUAUAUAUCACAAUUAUAACUGUAUAGCUCAAUUAUAACACACUGUAUAGCUCAUAUCAUGAUCAAUUAUAACACACUGUAUAGGUCAUAUUAUAUAUAUCAUGAUCAAUUAUAACACACUGUAUAGGUCAUAUUAUAUAUAUCAUGAUCAAUUAUAACACACUGUAUAGCUCAUAUUAUAUAUAUCAUGAUCAAUUAUAACACACUGUAUAGCUCAUAUUAUAUAUAUCAUGAUCAAUUAUAACACACUGUAUAGCUCAUAUUAUAUAUAAUGAUCAAUUAUAACACUGUAUAGCUCAUAUUAUAUAUAUCAUGAUCAAUUAUAACACUGUAUAGGUCAUAUUAUAUAUAUCAUGAUCAAUUAUAACACACUGUAUAGCUCAUAUUAUAUAUAUCAUGAUCAAUUAUAACACACUGUAUAGGUCAUAUUAUAUAUAUCAUGAUCAAUUAUAACACACUGUAUAGCUCAUAUAUUAUAUAUAUAUAUAUAUAUAUAUAUAUAUAUAUAUAUAUAUAUAUAUAUAAUGAUCAAUUAUAACACACUGUAUAGGUCAUAUUAUAUAUAAUGAUCAAUUAUAACACACUGUAUAGGUCAUAUUAUAUAUAUAUAUAUAUAUAUAAUGAUCAAUUAUAACACACUGUAUAGGUCAUAUUAUAUAUAAUGAUCAAUUAUAACAUGUGUGAUGUCGCGAACCGUUCGGAACUAAUUAUAACACACUGUAUAGGUCAUAAAAUAUAUAUAUAUAUUGUGAGUGCACCUUGUUUAUAUUUUUUAUAUUUAUCACCGCCAGAGGUGGGCACCCAGGCAAGAAUAUUUUGAUUUUUUACAAAGGGUGAGUGCCAAGUUCAUGAUAUAUAUAUAUAUAUAUAUAUUAAUAUAUAUAUAUUAAUAUAAUAUAAUUUUUUAUUUUUUUUUGGAUCAAUUAUAACACACUGGUCAUAUUAUUUAUAUAUAUAUAUAUAUAAUGAUCAAUUAUAACACACUGUCUAGGUCAUAUUAUAUAUAUAAUGAUCAAUUAUAACACACUGUCUAGGUCAUAUAUAUAUAUAUAUAUAUAAUGAUCAAUUAUAACACACUGUAUAGGUCAUAUUAUAUAUAAUGAUCAAUUAUGACACACUGUAUAGGUCAUAUAUUUUUUAUAUAUAUAUAUUUGUACUGGAUAUUCCUUGCACUCAGGCGGUAGUUAAAAGGACCACUAUAUAGUCACCCAGACCAUUUCAGCUCAAUGAAGUGGUCUGGGUACCAGGUCUCUCAGGUUUUAACCCUUCAGAUGUAAACAUAGUAGUUUCAGAGAAACUGCUAUGUUUACAUUGAAGGUUAAUCCAACCUCUAGUGGCUGUCUUCCUGACAGCCACUAGAGUCCCCUUCCGAAAUCCUCAAUGCGAAAAUCUAAUUGAGGACAUGCUGACGUCCAUAGGAAAGCGUUGAGUAAUGCUUUUAUAUGGGCGGUUUGAAUGGGCGUGCGGCUCUGGCCGCGCAUCUGGAUCCGACAUUGGUUUGGGGAGGAGAGAUCACUGGCGCUGGAAAAAGGUAAGUGGCUGAAGGGGUUUUAACUGCUUCAGCCCUGAGGGAAGGGCGGGACCUGGCACUCUAGUGCUCCUUUAAUUAAAGUGCCGGGUGCAUUCAGCAGGGGUAACAAAAUGUAGAAAUCACUGUAGAAAAGCUUGCACUCAUGGUCUUCUCCAUUUAAAAAGUCAAAAUGUAUUGAAACAAGUUAAAAAAUACAGACCAAUGUUUCAUUCUCUGUCCAGGACAUUCAUCAGGAUCAAGGAUUUGUUAAAAACUAGUUAACCCACAAUAUAUAGCCCAGUGAAAUAAGACAAUUGACUUACCCCAGGUGAACCGUGUACCGCCGCCAGCGUCCCACUGUGCAAAGUGCGCAGUAAGCUCCUCCCCUACUUGCCGUAAGGACAUGAUCUCUGUUGCCUAGGCGACUGCUACAAACUACGAUUGCCGCGGCAGACUCCAUAUGGGGGGAAACUACCCAUCGGACAAUGAGUGUGCUGUGUUCCGAUAGGGCAAACAAAGCAGGACUUAUAUUAUAUUUAAAGCCAUAAAAAUAGACACACAUAUUGUACACAGCAAAUCUAUGUAAAAAAUAAAUAAAGUGCCCAAGUUGGGGAUGUUAACUAAAGUGAAAAUAGUGCCCAAUAGUGCAAUAUUUAAUGUGCAGCGUAAAUAUUGUCAAAGGGUGACCAUACAUAACCAACACACCCAAUAUCCACUGGUUUUUUUUUUGUUUGUUUUUUUUUUUUUUUAAAAAGAAACAUUAUAUUUGAAACAAGCACAAACAAAUAAUCUCUGAGGAAUAUUAACUGAAAAAUAUAAAAAAAUACAUUAAGGAGCUUAUAAAAAAUAUGAUAAAACCUCAUUAAGUCUUUGUGGGGCAAUGGUUUCUAAUUGAAAUAUCCAAAACAUCUCUCUGUUAAGUAGAAGCUUCCCACGGUCUCCACCUCGUUUAGGUAUUGGGACGUUGUCUUUGCCUAAAAAUUUGAGCGUUGUUAGUGGAUGUUUAAAUUCCAGGAAAUGUUUAGCCACUGGUUGAUCCGGCCGUCCAUCUCUAUAUGCCACACAUAUGCUGGACCUAUGUCCACUGAUCCGUUCGCAUAGUGGCGUUUCAGUCUUGACUAUAUAGGCCAAGCCACAUGGACACGUAAGUUUUAUAUGUAAUUGUGUGACGGAUCUGGUAGAUAUGGUUGCUAUGUGGGUGACUAAAAGUACGUGAGGGUGUCAUAUGCCCACACUUGACGUAUCCUAAGCAUCUGACACUGCCUCAGCCAUAAUAAUUUGCAACUUUAUCAAUAUUUAUUUUGGGUGUAUACAGUAUACCCAAAAUACACAAAGAUCCCACUAACAACUCUCAAUUUUUUAGGCAAAGACCAUGUCCCAAUACCUAAGCGAGGUUAUAUCAUACCAUUUUUUUUUUUUUUUAUAAAGCUCCUUAAUGUAUUUAAAAUAGUUUCAACGGUAAAUAUUGGGUGUGUUGUGUAUGUACGGUCACCCUUUGACAAUAUUUACUCUGCACAUUAACUAUUGCACUAUAUUCACUUUAGUUAACAACCCCUAACUUGGGAACCUCGGCACUUUUUUAUAUAUAUAAAAUAUUUUUUUUUAUAUAUAUGCCUAUAGUAUCCCUUUAAGCAUUUAUGGUGCUCAGAGUGACCUUUUAGCCCUGCCCCUAAUAUAGGGGAAAUGGGAUAACGCUAAGGUGGAUCAGUCCCCCUUCUUCCUAAAAAGAAAACUUAAAAAGGGAUUAACAACAUUGCUUUCAACUGCUGUGUGGUCAUCAGUACUGGUGAGAUCCUGGCAAAGAGGAUGAUUCUCACAGUGAAGCAUUACGUUGUAAGGCACAUACAUUAUAUUGGCUGCAUUAUAUCUGUAAUACUUCUCACAGAGUAAAGCAUUGACAUCAUCACAUCUCUAUGAUAAGUGAGUAGUAUAGCACCCUUAUAGCUUUUUGACAGCUAGGUUGGUGCAGCCUAGACAAUUUAUAAAAGUGUACGUUUCUUUUUAGCUGAAGUGCUUUACGCUUCUGUCUUAUUAACACUCAAUUCCUUAUAAUGGCAGUAAAAUAUUUCAUAGUGGACACCAGGGGUGCCCAAUUCCCAUGAUGCUUUGCAUGCCUUUAGAAUGCAUUAAAAUUAGAAAGCUUCAUCGUUUUAAAACAUCUGUGGGAUUUACAUUUUGGGCACCCCUGGUAUUUCAUCCUCUCUCCAGCCCAUACAGGAUCUUGUAUGGCAUGUGUGUGCAAGCAAAAAAUAUUCAAAGGUGGCUCUUAAAAUGAUGCUCUCGUACCUAAUGCAUGUUACAGGGUUUUAUUGCAGCGGAGCUCACACUUGAUAUGACUUUGGGGCUCUAAUUCUCUUGUUCACUCUUCAUUUCACACUGCGGCUGUGUUCUUGUGAGUGAACAUGAGACAUGACAAAUUAGAACAAAAAUAUUCAAAUCUGAAAUUAGCUCGUUUGAAUUGGAGAUUUGUUUUAUUCCAUCUGUACUCUAUUGAAAUAAAUGUCGCAAGGUGUCUGUUGCUUCAUCACGACUUAUUUUCAGUGAACAGCCCCCAAGACAUACAAAUUACUGUUUAUCAAGUAGACCCCUAUGUAGUAUCAUCAUUGUCUACUGAAGCAAUGCUGCCAUUUAUAUGCCUAAGAAUGAACACAUUGAUUUCUCAUUGACAUUUCUUCUGUGAUAAAUAAUGCCCUCUUCAUUUAUUCAUUUGGCCGAUAGAUCCAGACCUUGCUGGACAUGUUCAUUAUUCUAAGUAAAGAUUGCUUUCUGAACACAAGGAAUCAUUCUAUCGGCGUAUAACAGACAGUGAAAUAUUUCAUUCUGUGCCGAGCUGCCCAGGAAUAUAACAUUGUUCUUUUUGUUUCUUUUCAGCUGCGUUCUAAAGGAACUGGAAUCCUUGGGGAAGGAACUGUACGGCGCUAAAUUAAUCGCCCAAAGAUUUCAAGUGAGGAGUUGUUCUCAUUUCAAGGAUCCUGUCAGUGGCUCAGCAUGCCUUUUAUCCCUGACGGCAGACAACAACCCGCACCAUUAUUUCAUUGCCACACAGGUAUCUGUGAGAAAAGCCAUCUGCAAACAAUUUGUGUUUCUGGAUGUGCCGUCCUGCUUAGUUACCUGAUUUGAGUUUAGUUGCCAGGAAGUAGAGCAGCUCUGGGACUAACUGUGCAUACUGUGGGUGAGAGACGUGAGCUACACACAGCGGAGCGAUGCUUAUUUGUGUAGUUAUUAUUUUUAUUUAGAAAGUGCUAGUUCACCUCAGCUCUGUGCAAUGGCAGACUGAACAGAACAAAGCUUUGCGAAGAACUGAAAGGUUUGAAUCUUAGCAAGUCACAUAGGACAACUAUAAUAAAAGCGAUAUAAAAUUGGAAAGAAAUGUUGUUUACACUUUCAGAAGUGUGUUUGUGUUUUGAAUUUGUGUUUUAAGAUGGCGCCCAGACUCUCCUGCAACUAUAAUUAUAUUGUGCUUGUUAUAUGGGAGUGUUCAUUUAUGCUGUUGAAAGAUAUAGUAUAAACAGUGGAGUACCGAAACUGAUAAAAACGGUAACAAGUAUGGGAAGUUGCCAGAAAACGAGAUCCUAAAAGUGAAAAAUAAGAAUAAAAUCACAUUUAAAGAAGGUCAAGCAGAGGUGAAAUUGAGAUGUAGUAAAACCGCUAUGGGCAAGGCUCUUCAAAAGCUUGAACUUUAGCAAGAAAGUUGAACAGAAGUUGGGUCAGGAGAGCAAUAAUUUGAGGAGACUAUCCUAGUUUCCUUGCAGAAACGGCAAGUAAGAAUAAAGGAGAUUUAAAGGGGUACCGUGAAAACCAUAACCACUGUAACUAACGUGGAUUGCCAUCCACGGUUGAACAGGCUAAUGUGAAAGUUCAUCAAGCCACAACAGAGAGGCAGGGCUAUAGCCAAAACUUAUAUAUAUAUUUUUUUUUUUUUUUUCGUCAAAUCACUUACAUGGGAUAAUGCCCAUAGACUCUUUGCACCGUAAUCUGUUCAAUAAGCUGUAGUAGUUUAUAGUGCAUAGAGUGGGGUAUUAAGGGAUUGUUGAGGGGAAACAUGCCAAAAGUCUUUAGAUUCUUUCUGACAGGGGGAAGAUUUUUAUUUUUUAUUUUUUUUAUCCUGAGAAAGAUUAUACACUGUGUGUGGAAGAUGAUUGUUCUCUUAGCAUUCUAUUAUCAUUUUAGCAAACAGAGUUGAGGAUAUGGCUGUAAUAUAGCACUAUGUACCAGUGUGGCUCUUUGCUUCACAGUGCUGGUGUCCUCAGUCCCAUGGUGACAUAUACACAUUUUCCUUAACCAAGGAUUAUUGUAGCAGGUUUGAUAAAGUUCUGGUUUAAAAGGACAGUAACGUAAUCAUGGUUUAUGAAGAUACAUUGGUUUUGGUUUGUGUAUAACCGGUUGAUGCAGUGACACUAGAUAUUGAGAUGUUACUUUUAAUUGUUCAAAGGCCUGCUGCUUCUCUCCCAUGCAAACCUUUAUAGCAGUAAAUGCUAUCUAACCAUUUGUCUCACGUAAGAUCACCGGUAAUGUAGUCCACUGUAGUUGCAGUACUGCAGAUCAGCUAUCACUGGGUUUUGUGUGAGCUACUUAAAGCAACAAUGUGAUGUGAAUCUAAGUAAAUAGGUAGUGAUGUAGAACAAAGCCAGAUGGCUACUGUCACCAAUGAAACAGUGUAAGACAGGGAAAGGUGGAAGAUUUAUAGCAAACCAUAACAGAGAUUACCGUUGGGAUCCUUUUAUUGUGUCUUGUGUUUAUAUGUUCAAUGCAGCUCUGUGCAGUCUCUUCCUAUUAAUAGAAACUGAUCAUCUCCAGGAGCCCUAAAAUCCGUUACCGGUUUCCUUUUAUAAAGAUGGUUUAGAAUUGAAUGUGUGUCUUAACAUUCCAGAAGUCAGUUUAUUUUGUGGGUAUCGAGAUUGACCUGAAUAUAUUUAUAGAUGCAGCAGGUUUUCUUCCCUGACAUCACUGAUUAUUUAAAGCCGCUCUGUCACCUUCUGAGGUCUUUGUAUAUUUUGCUAAUAUCCCAGAUGGUGACUUUGCCCCUUGCAGUGAGGUGGCCUCAAGGUGCAUUGCAAGGUAGUUUUUAUUUACGUGAACCUGUCCCUCGCGGAUAGCGACAUAUUCUUUCGCGAGGUGCUAUUCACCUUCUGGCAUUUCAUUUGUCAGGAGCCAAUGUCCGUGCUGGCAGUUAUUUCCCCUCAGUCGUCACUAGUGCCAGCUGAGAGCAUGACAAAAGCUAACUCCGCCAUUUUAAAACGUAAGAAAAUUACAAAACUAAGCUUAACUCAUAGACCUAUAAAUUAUGGAAAAAAAAUAAAAAAUUCUUCUGUGGCAUUUUGCUGUUAAGGCACUAUGUUUAAGAAUUUAGCCGUCUCUUAAACUAUAUAGUGAAGUAGGACCCACACUACAUCUGUCCCCUUUUUCCACCAUUUAGCACUGUGCUGCUCUGUAGUCUUGUUUCAUCUAACUGGUAUUUUAUUUAAAGAGCACAACAUGUUCCUUGUCUUUGUGGAAUAGACAGAUAGUUAAUUGGAAAGAUUACAAUUUGACAUGUUGAGACAGUCGAUCAUUCCAUAGUGAAAUGGCAAGGGAAGACCUUGUAAUCUAUAAUCAAAUCUUUAAAGGAACAGUCUGUGGUUCAAAAACGUAGAUGUAUUUUUAACCUUAGUGUCUCUGUGAGGGAGAAAGAGUAUGUUAACCCUGACUGCGGGCGCCUGGUUACUUAAAUGGUGACUAAGGCUCUAUAGCUGUAGGAAUACACAUUUUUAUUCCGAACACUUUGAAUUUACCUCUAAUCCAGGGGUCCUCAAAAUCUGGCCCCCCAGAUGUUGCUGAACUACAACUCCCAUGAUUCUUUGAAUUACAUAGAUAUCAUGGGAGUUGUAGUUCAGCAACAUCUGGGGGGCCGGAGUUUGAGGACCCCUGCUCUAAUCCAAUGCAGCUGCUCCCCUUCUUCUAACACACAUUAUUAAGCCCUGUAUUUAAACUCCCACUACUCCUGGGCAACAGCAAUAACUAAAAUAAGUAUCAGCCCCAAUAUAGUUUAAAGAGUAAAAAAAGUCACCUGUGCACUAUCCCAUAUUCCUACGCACAUUUAAAUAACUGAAGGUUUUAUACAGGGUUAUUAACUAAAGUGAGAAUUCCAGGUGGAUUAAAAGUGUAUUACAAAUAUAAGCCAACAUAGAUCAAUUGGAAAGGCUCUCCAAGUGAUAUAUGCUCUUAGUUAGACUAUUUUGGCCUUGAUUUGAAAUUCACUUGGAAUUCUCAAUUUAGUGAAUAACUUUUAGUAUCACUCCAGUGGCAAUUCUUUUGGCCUCCACAUAGAAGAACUUGCAUCUAAACUUUAUCCAAAACUAGGUGCCCUGUACAGAAACAAAGCCUGCCUAAGUCCUACAGUAAAGGAAAAGAUUGUACAGCAAAUGCUGAUGCCAAUUAUUGAUUAUGGGGAUGUAGUAUAUGCAUCUGCACCGCAAUCCCACAUUAAUAAAUUCAAUACAUUGUAUAACUCGUUCGGCCGCUUUGUGCUACAAUGUAAUUACAUGACCCACCAUUGUAACAUGCUAAAAGAACUAAAUGGGCUGUUGCUGGAAUCCAGACACACCCUUCAUCUUUCCAGCCUUGUGUUUAAGCGCUUUUUUGGGAAACUCCCACCCUACCUGAGCAAAAUGCUCUCCUCUGCUGUUCCCACCUCCUCUAACCCCCGAUCCUGUACCAGCACUUUAUUUAGUCUACCUCAAUACAAAACGAAAGCCGCCCAAUCCUCCUUCUCCUACAGAGCGCCGCAAUUGUGGAACGACCUCCCGCACACUUUAAAAUCUUCCCCAAGCCUUAAGUCCAAGUUUUGUUUUUAUAUAUAUAUAUAUAUAUAUAUAUCUCUAUCUCUAUAUAUCUAUAUCUAUAUCUCAGUUUCAGAGAAACUGCUAUGUUUAUAAAUGGGUUAAUCCAGCCUCUAGUGGCUGUCUCAUUGACAGCAGCUAGAGGCGUUUGCGUGCUUCUCACUUUGAAAAUCACAGUGAGAAGACGCCAGCGUCCAUAGGAAAGCAUUGUAAAUGCUUUCCUAUGAGACUGGCUGAAUGCGCGCGCAGCUCCUGCUGCGCAUGCACAUUCAGCCAAAGAGGAGGAUCGGAGAGGAGGAGGAGAGCUCCCCGCCUGGCACUGGAAAAAAGGUACGUUUUUUAACCCUUUCCUCUCCCCAGAGCCCGGCAGGAGUGGGACCCUGAGGGUGGGGGCACCCUCAGGGCACUAUAGUGCCAGGAAAACGAGUGUUUACCUGGCACUAUAGUGGUUCUUUAAGAGAUUCCUCUCUAUACACCUCAAAACAAAAUGCACGUGUUAUGGUUGAUUAGUGGAGGAUGCCUCAAAUGUGUCAGUCUAACACUGGAAAUAAACAUUGGCCUAUCUGCCCAGUUUUACCAUUUUUAUGUAGAAAUGAUUUGUAUACAUUGAUUUAAUUCCCUUCCACCGGGCUUUAUCUGACAUAGACAUUGUCUUGUGACAGUGAAAUAUUUUUGGUGAGCACGGAACAAUUCAGGCGCAUCACUUAGAAUGUUCUGUGUCUUCUUGUGAUGACUUUCUGUUAUCCACACAUUGAAUCAUAAUCCUCUCUACAAAAUGCUAAUGCAAGCUGUACAAAGCACUGUAUUCUUUCCUAAAUGAUAAUCUGUUCUGUGUAUCAUAUUUCCCCUGUGCUUUAAUCCAUUGUAAAUUCAUUAGCAUACUUGUAAGACUAGGAUGUAAAAAAACAAACAAAUGUAGUUUGUUAAAUAUGUGCUACGCAAACCUUACAUAGUAAUGUAGAAUGGAAGGAGACUCUGGUCCAUCAAGGUCAAGUUGUCACACAUCCUUCUCUUUUGGUCCAUUUUUUUUGUAUAAAUAGAUUUUUUUUAUUUUUUUUUUUUAUUAUUAUUAUUUUUUUUAUUUAUUUAUUUUUUGUCUCCCCUGAAAGAUCCUUAUUUAAAGAAGCCAAAGGUUAAGGAGUAUUUCUAUAGGUAGUUUUGUAUCUUUAGUUGGCUACUGCCAAUAUCUCACUGGUUCAAGGGAUAGGUAGUCAUGAUACAGUUGAGAACACUUGAAAUAUUAUUACUCGCAUUUAUUACGUGCCAACAAAUUCUGCUGUGCUGUUCAAUUGGGGAGAAAGACAGUACAGUAUAAACAGACCAAUACAAAUGUUAGAGUGCCGUGAGCUGAGGUCUAGCCACUGAAACUCUUUUAUACAGAGUACUUUGCAAGAUAGCUCGAUUGCUCACAUUUAGGUAAAUGGUAGGGUGAUUAUUUCUCAGCAGUGGUGCUGCCGUAGUGACCAGAAUUAAUACGCCAUACAAAUUAAGGAGCAGCGCACACACAGAAAAUACAGUUAAACAUUUUUACAGGGCUUAAAAUCACCUAUCUCCACAAACAAAUAAUAAAAAAAGAAACUUAAAACAGUAUUUUUUUUAUUUUUUAAAUAAACUGUAUUGUCCUACUUCCAGAGAUGAACUCUGUAUGUAGAUGUUAACUGGAGAGAAAAGAAUUAGAAUGUAUAUUCUCUUAAUUUGAACGCUACACACCAAGUGAUAGUUGUGGUCAGAUAUCGAAUCCAAAGAUAUAUAUAUAUUUCUCCAAUGUCCCUAACUUUCAGACUUUAUUGCGUGAUGUCUAUGUAGGGGGAUUGGAUAGUAGAGAGUCAAAUUUUUUUUUUUUCUAGGAUACAGGGAACAGGAGGCUUAAUACCAAUAACUCAGCAGAGGAAUAUAGUGAAAUACUAUUGAGAAGUAUGUGUUAUCUCAAAGUCUACAAUCUCUCUUGUACUGGUUUAUGUCAAUAUGAUUCAAUAGAAAAAUCCCCGUGAGAGGUACCGUAUAUACUCGAGUAUAAGCCGACCCGAAUAUAAGCCGAGGCCCAUAAUUUUACCCCAAAAAACUGGGAAAACGUAUUGACUCGAGUAUAAGACUAGGGUGGGAAAUGCAGCAGCUACUGGUAAAUUUCAAAUAAAAUUAGAUCCUAAAAAAAUUAUAUUAAUUGAAUAUUUAUUUACAGUGUGUGUAUAUGAUGAAUGCAGUGUGUGUGUAUGAAUGCAGUGUGUGUAUGAAUGCAGUGUGUGUGCAUAAAUGCAGUGUGUGUGUAUGAGUGCAGUGUGUGUGAUGCAGUGUGUGCUUGUGUGGCAGAGCCUUGGGGGGGUGGGCAUUUUUAUAAAAAUAAAAAAAUAUAUAUUAUUUUAAUUUUUUUUUUGUUAUAUUAUUUUUUUUAUUAUUUAUAUAUUAUUAAUAUUUAAAUAUUUUUUUAUUAUUAUUAUUUAUAUAUUAUUAAUUAAUAUUAUUUAAAUUUUUUUGUUAUUUUUUUUAAUUAUUAUUAUUAUUAUUAUUUAUAUAUUUUUAAUUUAUUUAUUUUUCGUCCCCCCUCCCUGCCAUGUAUCUCCUUCCCUGGUGGUCCAAUGGCAUUGGCAGUUCAGUGGGGGGAGGAGGGGGGCUGGCAGGAAGCACUUACCUCUCCUGCAGCUCCUGUCAGCUCUCUCCUCCACCGCGCUGGUCCGUGCAGCUCCUCUCUCAGCUCACACUGUAAGUCUCGCGAGAGCCGCACUAUGACCCCGCGGCUCUCGCGAGACUUACACUGGGAGCUGACCGAGGUGCUGACCGGACCGGCGCGGAGGAGGAGGGAGCUGACAGGAGAGCUAAGUAACAGCUCUGCCAGCCCCCAGUCUGUAUUAUGGCAAUGUAAAUUGCCAUAAUACAGACUGACUCGAGUAUAAGCCGAGUUGGGGUUUUUCAGCACAAAAAAUGUGCUGAAAAACUCGGCUUAUACUCGAGUAUAUACGGUAAGUACAGAUAUAGCUUUGAUAUGAUUUAAGGAAAAAUAGAAGCAAAGUAUCUAUGUAAGUUUGACUUGGACAUAGUCACACUUUUACAAUGUUGUAACACAAGGAAUGUGUAAUUGGCAACAAUUGCUUGAACCCUCUAGCACAUGGGGUUGAUAGCUUGUAUUUGUAAAUACAGCCCCUGAAGCUGAAAUACGUAUUUGUAUAUUCCUAAUUUGCUGUCUCUAUUUCAAAAGAAUCAUACUGUGGUUCUUCCAUUAAUUCAAAGUAAUUCAGCUUGUGCUUAAGCUCAUUAGAUGUCCACAGACUGAGACAGAAAUAAAGUAGAAAUAAAAUGAAAUAAAAUAAAGAAGCCUCUCUCCCUUGUAAUUUCACUAGACAGAGGUAAAAGAAAUAAAGGAAUCGAAAUGAAGUGCUAAUCAAACGAAACCAUGCUUGUAAGAUGUGUAAAAGUGCCCUGUGAGAAAAGAAAACCUGACGCGCGUUUCGGUGCACAGACAUGUGCACCUUCUUCAGGGCACUUUUAAGCAUGGUUUCAUUUUAUUAGCACUUCAUUUCGAUUUCUUUAUUUCUUUUACCUCUGACUGUCUAGUGAGAUUACAAGGGAGAGAGGCUUCUUUAUUUUAUUUCUAUCUAUUUUCUAUAGGAGGUAUAGCCGAUUUAGGCUUUGGAUUCUAUAUCUAACCACAACUAUCACUUGGUGUGUAGCAUUCCAAUUCCUUUCUCUCCAGUAAACACCUACAUACAGAAUUCUUCUCUGGAAGUAGGACAAUACAGUUUAUUUCACAGACCAACAGGGGUCAAGCCCUGAGACACCACUGGAGUGUAUCUUUGGUGUGUUAAUUUCAGAGUAGGGGAUUCUGUAUAGAAGACCUCCCUACCCUGACUAUUAUCUCUUUAAAGCGGCACUGUCAUGCCGAAUUCUGUUUUUUUUUAACCCCCCUCCCGCCUCCACUACAUCCAAUUGACCAACUAGUCACCCCCAAAUGCCCCUAAGCCCCCCACAUUACCUAUUUUUAAAUCUUUAUUUUCUGCCCCGAUCUAUAUUCAGGGCGCCGCCAUCUUUAUGUGGGUUGGUGAAGUCCCUGUGGGACACGUCAUCAGCCCACACUAGGCAGACUGUGAGAUUCCCGCACAUGCCCAGUGAAACACCUGGACAUGCGAACGGGAAUUUCAUCUAUUCAUUCAUCCAUCAGACAGACAGACGAAUGAGUGAAUAGAAAGAUCAGCCGAACAAACAAACACUAUGUAUCAGUGUUAGUUUGUUCGUGCAGGUUAUUACAAGGAGGGAGCUACCGGCACGCAGCUCUCUCCUUGUAAUAUGUAACUAUAGAAGCGGCAGGGAGCAGUGCUCCCCACCACUUCAUAAGCCCCCCAGGCCCCCCUCACUCUAUGGGGGUCAAUAUGACCCCCAUAAUAGCACAAGGGAGAUAAAAAUCUCCAAAAUGCCCCUACUCGCUAUACCGCGAGUAGGGGCAUGUCCACUAAACAGUGAGCAGCCUGUGGCUGCUCACUGUAAAAAAACAACAACAAAAAAACAACUAUUGGCCCCCACCCCUAAACAGUGAGAAUGAGGGGGGGGGGCAGUACUCCCCCCACCCCUGGGCGGCGGGUGGGGGCCAUAAUGAGAAUGGGGGGGGGACCUACUGUCCUACCCCCCGCCCCCGACCCUGGGCGGCGGGUGGGGGCCAUAGUGAGAAUGAGGGGGGGGGCAGUACUCCCCCCCCGCCCCCACCCCUGGGCGGCGGGUGGGGGCCAUAAUGAGAAUGGGGGGGACCUACUGCCCCCCCCCAGCCCCCACCCCUGGGCGGCGGGUGGGGGCCAUAGUGAGAAUGGGGACUACUCCCCACCCCUGGGGCGGGUGGGAUAAUGAGAAUGGGGACCUACUGUCCUAGCUCGCCCCACCCCUGGCUACGGGCGGGUGGGGCCAUAGUGAGAAUGAGGGGGGCAGUACUCCCCCCCACCCCCCAAGGCGGGUGGGGGCUUUAGGGUUAAUGAGGGGGGACCCACUGCUUCUCGUCCCCACCCUGGGCGGGUGGGGGCCAUAUUGAGAAUGGGGGGGGACCUACUGCCCCCCCCCGGCCCCCACCCCUGGGCGGCGGGUGGGGGCCAUAGUGAGAAUGGGGGGGGACCUACUCCCCCCCCGGCCCCCACCCCUGGGCGGCGGGUGGGGGCCAUGAAAAUAAUGAGGGGGGGGGACCUACUGUCCUCCCCCCCCGGCCCCCACCCCUGGGCGGCGGGUGGGGGCCAUAUGUGAGAAUGGGGGGGGGACCUACUGCCCCCCCCCGGCCCCCACCCCUGGGCGGCGGGUGGGGGCCAUGAAGAUAAUGAGGGGGGGGGGACCUACUGUCCUCCCCCCCGGCCCCCACCCCUGGGCGGCGGGUGGGGGCCCUAAGUCAAUUACCCCCCCGUCCCCCAAGGUGACUAGGGGUCCCCAAGCCCCUAGUCACCCACCCCCACCCAAAAAAAAAAACAAGUCCCUACCUACCCCCCUCACCGUAUAAAAUAGUGAGGGGGGGGAUAAAAUAACUAACCUGUAAAAUAAAAUUAAACUUACCAUUCGACGUCUUCUUUUUUCUCAAAUCUUCUUUUUUCAGCCCCAAAAAAGGCCAAAUAAAAAAACCAUCAUAACCGUCGAAUUGAAAAUAAAAUAAAAAUCCCGAGCGCAAAAAAAAAACCCGACGAAAAAAAAAAAACCCGAGCGCAAAAAAAUAAUCCAUCUUCACCCAUGGAGGGCUCCGCGCAGACUGAGCUCCGCAGAGCGGGGGAAGGCUUAUAAAGCCUUGCCCCGCCCUGCAAUUAGGCUAAGAACUAAAUUAAAUUCCGAUCCGAAUAAAAUGCCGAAUUGCGUUCUAAAAGAAACGAACAGACUGUUCUCAUUCAGUUAGAACGCAAUUCGGCAGUUUUGUGGAAAGUGACAGGAAGCAUUGUGGGAACACAGAGGAAAGCUAGGGAUCAUGGGAAAAUUGCUCUGACCAGCGGAAAUGAAGCACACUUUGCUCCUCCGCUGGUCAGAGCUGGUCAAGCGGAAAUCCUCCAUAAGGCAAAGAGUCCCUACUUUGUCUUAUGAUUUUAAAGAAAACUAAAGAAGAUAGGAAGAAAAGAAGAACAGAUCCUGAGAGAGGGGGAGAAGAGGAAGAGAUUGAGGAAAGGUAAGUUCGGCAUGACAGUGCCGCUUUAAGUAUUUGUGUGUGUGUGUGUGUGUGUGUGUGUGUGUGUGUGUUCCUUAAUCUGCAUUUUGUAUUCAUUUUGGUCUCUAUGGCAGCACUGUUGCCUAGAAAUGCAUGUUCAGUGUGUGCCCUCAAUUCCUUUUGGGUUGAGCACCCCACCCAGCCUCCAGCUUCAGAUGCCCCAUUGGAGGCUAUCACAGAAAAGUAUGAAUUUGAAGAGGUUUUAGAUAGUUGUCACUUUAAUAAUAAUUUUUAUUUGAUAUAGAGCAGAUAUAUCAUAUGUAUUGUGAGUAUAUACAUUAAAGCACAAUUACUUUUAGUUUUGACACUGUGGUUUUUAUCACAUUCAUUUUGCAUUAUAUUUAUUCACAAUGCUCUUACAACAGAUUAAUUGGAUGCACUUUAUUUUAUUUAGCACAAUUUAAUUUGUCUCCUAUGUUAAAAUUAUUGUUGGACUAUGGCAUAGUGGUGGGCUUAACUCAAUAUCACUAUAUGGUGAAACUGAAUCCCAUAUCUGUGUGCUAAGAUACUCGAGUUCAAGUAGCCUUGUAAAAUGUAAAACUGUAUUUUUGUGUGCCUACUGUUUCUUAAAGGGACACAGUCACCAGAACAACUACAGCUUAAUGUAGUGGUUCUGGUGUAGCAUGUUCCUGUUGCCAUUUAAAUGUAAACACUGUCUUUUCAGAGAAAAGGCAGUGUUUACAUUACUGCCUAGUAACCCCUCUAGUGGCAGUCUUUCAGUCAGUAGAGGUGUGUCCUGGGUCAGUGCUGAACCAUGUUCUCUGCAUUGAGGCGCCAAACUAUGUUUCUAUGUAAACUUUCCCCAUAGAGAUGCAUCGAGGAGAUGCUGAGUGACGCAGCAAAGCGUAUUGCUGUGCAUGCGUUAUAGCCUCCCAAUGCUUUUCUAUGGGAAAGCAUUGGAUUGGCUGAGACCAUCAAGUGUGAUCUCAUUCAAGGGGCGGGGCCAGCCACAACCAGGUCCUUUUCAACUAGAGGAGGUGGUGGGGGAAGGCAGCGGCCCAAAUGGCUAUUUAGACCUAUAGUAUCAGGAAUACACAUUUGUAUUCCUGACACUAUAGUGUUUCUUUAAUUUUAUACUUGGGGAAUUAGUAGUGACCAGGGAUCCCAGGUUAGUUUAUGGUCCUAUUUCACUAAUUUAGUACAGUAUAUAUGUUAGAUUGUGUUGGACGAAUACAUUACUCUUUAAGGCAAAUGUUAAUUUUCUGCAGCUAGUUGAUAUAUUACUGUUUAAAGACACAGUACCACCUGUAUAAAUACUUUCCUGGAAUUUGGUUUAUUUAUAGAUCUUUUAGAUCCAUGUCUAUAAGCGUUGAGUGUUUAAUUUUGUAUAUGUGUGCAUCUCAUUAUUGCUCACGCACCAUAAUAAAAGUGAAACUGUAUUUCAUGAUAAUGACCAUUUUCUUGUGAAGCAGCGGGCUGCUUUCCCCCGUGUCUUAAUUACUCACUGGAUUAAAUAACUUCUUUCAUUAGGUUGCUUCAUACACUAAGCACAGAUCCAUCUACCACACCAGCUUGUUAAAAUUGCUCUAGUAAUUAUUAUAGCCCUGAAUAUCCUGAUUUUCUAAAUAAAGUUUCCAGAUCCUUUUUUAUUUAUUUUUUUAUUUUUUACGACCCUUACUUGCAAAGUCUGCGCAUCUUUUCAUCUGUUCUUACUAUAAAAUAACUUUGUCCUCUGCUAUAAUUGAAAUCGUUUGCUUUCCUUUCUUAACAGGAUCAGGAAUUGUCAACAAAAUUAAAGAAAAGGGCUGGUGUCCCCUUGAUGUUUAUUAUUCAAAACACCAUAGUAUUGGACAAGCCAUCUCCUAAAUCUCUGGCACAUGUUCAGACUGCCCAGACCAGCCAGCUGGUACCGGUACACCAAAAGAAAAAUAUAGAGCACCUCAAAGAAGAACAGGGGGUGGCAAAGGAUUCUGAACGCAGAGGGAAAAAACGAAAACGCGUAACUGGUCCUAACCCUCUAAGCUGCAUGAAAAAAAAGAAACAAAUUGCACGGCCGCCUACAGCACCCGCUCCCGAACAAUCCAAAAGGAAGAGGAAAAGAAAGCGAAACAAGCCAGCAGGGACAGAUUAAAUAUAUCACAAGGGCUAAUGAUAUUUUUAUAUUAAAAAGAGACUGUUAUAUAUUUUUUUUCUCCAGGCUAAUGGACACGUUGAUACAUCCAUGUGAAUAGGCACAGUUAUUACUAUUUAAACUUUUUAUUCUUUUUUUCAAGUAAUGACCUGUCACAUCAAAUAAAAUAACAUUUCUUUAUUGUGUUUUUGCGUUGUUUUUUUUUAUAAGAAAGUCGAAGCAUGUAAAUAUGACUUUUUUUUUUAAUUUAUUUUUAUUUAUGUAUUUACCUGCUCUUUUCAGCUUGCAAAGUGGUGCAACUGUCUCAUUGAAAGCUUAAAGGGAUCCUAUAGUGCCAGGAAAACAAACCUGUUUUCCUGGCACUAUAGGUUUAAUAGGUCCCCCUAGACAGCCACAGAGGGCAGACUUAGAGCUGCAAUGCAAACAUUGCAGUCCUCUGGAACUGCAAUGUUUUAGAUUGCAGCACUAAGUGCAAAAGGGUCACAACACCCACUCCACUUCAAGGAGCUGAAGUGGUCUGGGUGCCUGCAGUUUCCCUUUUGAAUGAUCGUUGUCCCAAAGAGUGAUGAAUGUCCCUUUAAGAAGAUUUCAAUCGGCAGAACUUUUUUUUUUUUUUUUUUUAAGAACUGAUUAACGAUAUUAAACCACAAAUUCCAAUUACUGGCCAUUAAGAAGUGUUUUGUGUGUAGGACUUCCAGUACUGAAAAUUCCCUGUUACUCGCCUAACGGAAUUUUAAUUGAUGAAACUGGAGGAGUGUAGAUAAAUGACAAGUUAAAAUAUGGCUGUAUAAACACUGAACACAAACAAUAAAAUGCUCGCACAUGAAAAAGCACAUUGAUUUUGAUUUAUUCAGCAUAAUAUCAGAAAUUAUUAAAAAUGUUUUUUUUUUUUUUUUUAACCCCUUAAGGACACAAUUUCUGGAAUAAAAGGGACUCAUGACGGAAUAUUUCCGUCAUGUGUCCUUAAGGGGUUAAAG